AUGGGGCCGCUGCGCGCCGCGACGGGGCUGUCGCUGCUCCUGCUGGCGGCAGGUGUAGUUCUGAGGCAAUCCCAAGAGCCCAAAGAGCUGUGGGGAUAUGUGCAAGUUCGAAGUAAGGCCCACAUGUUCUGGUGGCUCUACUAUGCAAAUAACCCAACCAAAGACUUCACAGAAUUACCUCUCAUCUUGUGGCUUCAGGGAGGUCCAGGGGCUUCUGGCUGUGGAUUUGGGAACUUUGAAGAGAUUGGCCCAUUAGACAAAGAAAUGAAACCAAGACAUACAACCUGGUUGCAGGCAGCCAGUAUCUUGUUUGUGGAUAAUCCUGUGGGCACUGGAUUCAGUUAUGUGGAUGAUUGUAGCUUGUUUGCCAAAAACCUUACCACAGUAGUUUCUGAUAUGAUGGUUUUUCUUGGAGAAUUCUUCACAUGUAGAACAGAAUUCCAGACCAUCCCAUUCUACAUAUUCUCUGAAUCUUACGGAGGUAAAAUGGCUGCUGGCAUUGCUUUAGAGCUGCAUGAGGCUGUUCAAAAAGGGACCAUAAAGUGCAAUUUUAUGGGGACUGCACUUGGAGACUCAUGGAUUUCUCCUUUGGACUCUGUGCUGUCUUGGGGGCCCUACCUUUAUGGCACUUCUCUUCUUGAUGAUAAUGGUCUAGCAGAGGUGACUGCUGUUGCCAAAGAAAUAAUGGAUGCAAUAAAUAAAAAUCAAUAUGGGCUGGCCACUGAGCUCUGGGGCAAGGCUGAAGGUGUCAUUGAAGAGAACACAGACAAUGUGAACUUUUAUAACAUCAUGACUAAGGAGGUUCCAGAAAUGAAAUCAAGUGAACAAGAAAAUCUCCAUCUCAUAGGACUUUACCAACGCCACGUCAAAAAUAUGCAUAAGGACAGCCUAAAUGAAUUGAUGAAUGGACCCAUCAGAAAGAAGCUAAAAAUUAUUCCUGACUGUGUGAAAUGGGGAGGUCAGUCCAGAGAUGUCUUUGAGAACAUGGCUGAGGACUUCAUGAAACCUGUCAUUGAUAUUGUUGAUCAGCUUUUGGCAGCCAAUGUCAAUGUUACAGUCUAUAACGGGCAGCUGGAUCUCAUUGUUGACACCAUGGGCCAGGAGGCAUGGAUCCGGAAACUGAAAUGGCCUAAUUUGGACCAGUUCAGCCAGCAAAGGUGGAAGGCGCUCUAUGUGUCUCCAGAAUCCACUGAGACAGCUGCUUUCCACAAGGCCUAUGAGAACUUCGCAUUCUUCUGGAUUCUUAAGGCUGGGCACAUGGUACCGUCUGAUCAAGGAGAGAUGGCACUGAAAAUGGUCAGGAUGGUGACCCAACAGCAGCACUAGGGAAGAGGAGGCCAGCUGGUAUGGCUUCCUGCCGAAAGUCAGUGCUCUUGCAGAACGUGAGUCUAGAAUAAUAAGCCACAGGAGGAACAAUGGCUAUUUGGACACAUAGCCUCUCUGAUCUUGCUGAUAAUGUGCGCAAGCACUUACGGAAAGGCAUUUUUUUUCCUUGAAUGAGUUGGUUUUUUUGAAUUUGUAAGCUGUGAUUUGGUGCCUUAACACUGUUCAUAAUAACUCUUCGAGAGGGAAGUCUACUGUCACAAACAACUAGCUCUGAGCCUUUGCCUUUGAAUUGGAUUUUGUGCUUUUGUAAAAAGCUGCCCUUCCCUCUAUGCCCUCUUGUCUGUUCACACACCAAGAGUAAAACUGAUUUGAGUCGUGAUAGAUUUGCUGUUUGUUCCUUUCAGAGAGCUAACCUGUUUCAUGAGGCUGUGGAAUGUUCUUUCCUUUGUCCUCAGGCCUCUGCUUGAGUCACCUGGCUGGAUUACAAGCUGAAGACAUGGAGAUGCCAGGAUAGAGGACCUGCCCUAGAGGAAUUACAGUCCAUCUCAUCUUGCUGAGGUGCCUGAGUUAGAAUCCAAGAUUCUUCAGGCUUCCUGUGAUAUGGAGAGAGAAAAACACCCCCCCAGAGGAGGAUUUUACCAUUUUCAUCUGACCAUUUGUUUCUUGUUUUCAUUCUUUUUAAUGACAGCUACUCAAACUUUGCCUUUAGCCUUAACACCUAAAGUACAUCGAGCAGGAAUUCCUACUUUCCUGUAUGCUGAAGCAGGAGUCCUGUUAAUACCCUCUUCAUGUACAGAACAGAGUCCUAAUGGACAGAAGCCUCUUAAAACCUUCUGAGCUUAGCCUGGAGAGUGGAAAGGAGAGCAUUAUUUGAGCAAUAAUAGCAUAAUUCUGAAAGAUAAUAGCAGCGUUUAAAAGAAAGAUAUACAAGCUAGAAUCAAUAUCUUGAUCUGUAUUUUUCUAGAGCUUUUUUAAGUCUUGCAGAGACCUAUUAUUUUGAAACAACUUUUUUUUUUAUAGUACACAGUCAAGAGGAGACUUGAUCAAACAUCAUUUGACUUCUGCUAUGGAGCACAAAGUGACCGUUGUUUAUUGGUGUCUGAUAGGAGGCACAACAGCUUGUUCCAGCUGUCAGAAUCCUAAAUAAAUAGCAACCCUUCAAUUACUCCAGCAACUGAAACUGUCAUGAAAUGUCUGAUAGUGUUGGCUUAGCAAGGACUGAAGCAUAAUGCUAUGUAAACACAUAUGCAAUCACCCAGCAGCUGGAGUAUUGGUACCUAAUAACUGCUUUCCUUCUUUGUGUUCUCUGCCUGAACUGUAUUCUUGAACUUUAGCAAUGCAAAUCCAGAUACUUUUUUUUUA